UAUCAAUCACGUGAUUAAUAUAAGCGGGCUGAGCCCUGGGCGCCUUACCCGAUUGGGCCCCUCGCUUAAGGUCUAGCCUCCCAAGUGAAACCCCAGUGAAAUAUCCCGCGCCUUUACGAGAAUUUUUUCCCUUUCUUCCUUGUACCAUCCACCUCGACCAACUCCAAGGACGAUUGACGACCUUUCGCACUCGCCAUGCCUCCCAAGUUCGACCCCAAUGAGGUGAAGAUCAUUCACCUGAGAGUGACUGGUGGUGAGGUCGGAGCCCAGUCUGCUCUGGCUCCCAAGAUCGGUCCUCUCGGUCUGUCCCCCAAGAAGAUUGGUGAAGAUAUCGCCAAGAACACUGGAGACUGGAAGGGUCUGCGUGUCACCGUCAGACUCACCAUCCAGAACCGUCAGGCCGCCAUCUCCGUCGUGCCUUCCGCCUCUUCUCUGGUCAUCAAGGCCCUCAAGGAGCCUCCUCGUGACCGUAAGAAGGAGAAGAACAUUAAGCACACCAAGUCCAUCCCUCUUGAUGACAUUAUCGAGAUCGCUCGUACCAUGCGUCACAGGAGUUUGGCGAAGGAGCUCCAGGGUACCGUCCUGGAAAUCCUUGGUACCGCUUUCUCUGUUGGUUGCCAAGUUGAUGGCCGUAGCCCCAAGGAUGUCUCUGAUGACAUCAAGGCUGGCGAGAUCGAGGGUAAGUUUAAUAAACCUUGUGGUCUGGCGUCAGUAUAUUGACUCUUAUCUAGUUCCCUCGGAGUAAAUCAUGGUCAAAAAUCCACGGCAGUCCUAAUGUAUCGGCAUGCUAGUUAGGAGAAUAUGAUCAAUGUCUUAAAAAAAACAAAAUGUUUACGAG